GGCGGUGCGGGCGGGAUGCGGGACGGAGCGCGGAGAGGCGGCGAGGGAGCGGGGCUGCGGGACGGCGGCGCUGCGGGGAUCGCGUUGGCGGUGCUGCGCGCCGAGGGUGCGAGGUGCGGCGGGUGCGGAGGUACCCGAGCGGUCGGCGCUCUGAAGUGCGUUCCGAGGGAGCGAAGCGCUCGUUCAGUUCCCAGUGAAAAAGAAACAGAUAAUAAAAAAGCCCACACUGAGGGAGUGCGGGGAGCGGAGCAGCCCGCAAGGUCACCGCGCCGGCGGGGAGGAGGGAGCGCUCCCGACCCUCGCGACCGCGGAGCUCGCACCAUCCGUCAGAGGAUUUUAUUCUUAUCAUUUCGAUUGCUCCUGAGCACGCUCGGGUGCCGGGGCCGGAGGUGGGUGGGGACAGCGGUGCUCCGCGGUCCCGGGCAUUUCCCACCCGAAGGCGUGAGGAGGAGGAGGAGGAGGGCGAGGAAAGAGGAGGCGCGGGGCGAGAGGCUUUCCAGUUCCAGCGCCCACAACAAAGGAGCCCGGGCUGAGGCACGGCGUGAGCGGCUUCGGAGGGCGUUUUGGAAUUCUAAUUUUAUGCCUGGCUGCACCGUGCAUUCCUGCGUAUUUUUGUGUGUUGUAUCUGAGCCUCGCACUGCUUCAGGGGUUCGGUUCUGCAAAUUCUGCAGGUUCCUGUGGAUUUCCAGAGAUGAUGAUUUCAGGACAGCGUCAUCGGUUCUGUGCAGCUCUGCUGUGUCGUCUGCCAAGUGCCAGAAGGAAUGCGUGUACCUAUUUCUUGUCUGCCAGCAGACCUUCUCAAUAUGAGAACACCUACAAACUGAGAUCUGCGGUGGUAACACAAAUAGCAUACUACUGCUUUUUGUUUUUUAGUAUUUUGUUCUCCUGACAUGUUGAAUCAAACAGCGUAAUGCCCAUCAGUGGGAUUAUGUCGAUUGCUCAGACUUUGAUGGAGACUAUAUUCUCAGCACUGUACAAGUAAAAAUGUAUACUCAGGAAGAAAACAAGCUGUGAGGGUAAUUUACAGAGCUUUUAGACUAAUAAAUAUAAGGCUCUAAAGCAUUUGAUGAAAAUUGCUUUAAUUAUUUUAACUUGGAGCUAAAUAUGAAGCUCAGAGAGAUGAAAGGCUUCAGGUCCAUGAGUGUUCAGCUCUGCAAGGAGUAAUGAAAAUUGUAACCAAGUGUCCAGCACAGCCCAUAACACUGACUCAGUGAUACCCGUGUGUAGUCUCCUGGCCAUGAUCCACAUUCUUUUUUUGUUUUUUGGGUGUGGGGGGAAUAAAUCAGUCUUCGAUUUAAAAUUAUGAAAGAUGAUCAUGAAAGAUUGUCACGGUUCCCCUUAAGUUCUAAUAGUUAAUUAUCCUUGGUGUGCACCUUACGUCUUACUUCUGGACUUCAUUACCUCUUGAGCCAAUGCCUCCCUGAAGCAGUUGAAAGGCUGUCACUUAAAUAGGUCAUCUCUUGAGCCAGGUGUCUGUACAGGACCUGAGACUUGAUUUCAGCAUCUAAAAAUAAUGCCACAAAGGCAGUGUGUUACUGGAAAUGUUUGUGGGUUGGGUUUUGUUGUUGUUGUUGUUGUAUUUUUGGUUUCCCUUUCUUUUAAAUAAAAGAUUAGCGUUCCACUUAGUGGAGAACGUUUUUACUCAAAAGUAGAUAUUAAAUCAUUCGCUAUGAAAUGGAAUUAAAUGGCAUUGAGGAGAGCUGAAUAAUAUCCUUUCUGCGGACUGCAUUUCAGAAUAUCUGUGUAUUUAAUUAAACUUUAUUCAGAAUGGAGUCAUCUAAAAUUAGAACAUCUUGUUUAUAAAAGCUGGUAGAAUACAGCAUAUUUCUGCGUACUCUUAUCAGCUAUAUUUAGAAAUAUAAAGUAACUGAAGACUCUUAGAGGAUGAAAUUGUGGAUAUUAGCAGUUUCAAUUAAAACGUUCUUGCUUUUUAAUAGAAUUUGGCAUACAUAAAAAAAAGUUAUUUUAAAAAGUUAAUAAAAAUACACAUUUUUACAAGGCUUUGGCACUGUAAAUAAAAUAUCCUUAUGUAAUGGUUAAUGCUGCAAAAACUUAUUUGUGUCCAUACUGCUAAUGUGCAGCACAUAUCCAACUGCCAUCACCAUAGCUGACAGUCUUUCUUUACAACAGAACAUAUAUUGUACUUUUGGAGGCCGUUGUUUUUCAUUUUAAAUGUAAUUUUUUUUCCCCCAAAUGAUACAAAUAAGUGCUGACAUUCAGGACAUCAGGCAUCUUGGAAUCCCUAUCUUGAAGUGAAUAAAGAUUUCAGCUUGAAAAUGCAGUAGCCUGUGAAGGAGUUUUUGUUUGAUUAGUAAGGCAUCAGAUCAUACUGAUGAUUUUUGCAAAUCCAACUGGUUUAUACAACAGAACUGUAUCUUCAAAUAAACUCUUAACUAAUUUUGACUUGUAUUUUUCACUUCUAUUUUUUGCAUCUGUCUGACGGAUAAGUAGCCGUGUAUCUGAUCACAUUGCUCACCUUAUAAGGGCAAAGGGUGCUCAGCAGUGUGCUCCAGCAGGCAUGAGAACAUGCGAAAGGUUAGCAUGCUUUUGGAUUUGAAAUCAGACAAUUAUACGUUUUACCUUGUUAAAGCUCCAAUUUAUGCACCCUUAACGGAGGAGGGUCAAGGAGUCACAAACUGUUUUCCCUGUACAAGUAGAUAAGAUAUGUCUGCCUUCUCCUGUCAGUGAUCUUCUGAUGACACAACUGUGUGACUGAAAUGCCACAGUGUUUAAGAGGGGUAGCUGCCCAGGCUCCAUAUCCCUCCUCAGGUAUGGUAAGUAGGUCAUAAGGUAGCUUUUAUCAUUUUUAAUUAAAAAAAAACCCAAACGUUUACAAGAGCUGUCUCUUGCUGUGGUACACAUUAGGCAAAUGCUUGGCUAUUUAGCUCCACGACAUUUUUAAAUUUAAUUCUUAUCUGGGGAAAUAGGAGGAUUGGAAGGGGUUAUUAUUAUUUUUAUUUGUCUCCUGUGCCUACCACAGAUAGGUGCUACUGGACCACAGAUCUGUAAGUGAUAUUAGUUUCUGCAUGGUUAAAAGGUGAAUAUAACACAUCCAGGCUUCCCCCUCUGUUAUGUGAGAGUGUAACCCUGAGGUGUCAGCAGGUACUAACUCUGCCUUACCUUAUCUCAUCCUUCAGCUUUCCCUGAUCCCCUUUUUUCCUCUCUCUCUGGCUCUGCCUCCUCUCUGUGGUAAUUCUGCUCCAUCAGUCCCUGCUUGCUGAGAGGCUCCCAGUCCUUCCUGCUGCCUGGCACUGCACACUUCAUCACAAUGCAUGCCUCCUCCAUUUUGGGCAUUUUAACUGUGUUUUUUUUUUUUAAUUAUUGUUAUUUUGUGAGCUUUGUAAAAAAUGAUCUGGCCCUUGCAGAUGUUCUAGGAAGUGCAACUGUAUGGAUUUACAGUGCUAUAAUGUUAAAUAUUUAUAUUAAAAUUUUAACAAAAUAUAGGAUCUGUAGUAACCACACUCUGUGCAGAAAGAUGUGUGUUCAGGAGCUUCACGGGGUGACUGAACCAAUCCAUGUCUGAUAGCAGUGACUGAGUCCAUCUCCUACAGGGAUUAUUAAGGUGCAUUUAAUCUGCAGUCGCUAGGUUGUGAAUGAACUAUGCUGACAUACUCCAGUAUUAGAUGUACCUGCAGCAAGCCAGACACAGCAGUACAGUGCUUAGCACGGCUUAUGUGCUUGGGUCUUCAUCCUGCCCUUCAAGGGGUUUUGCAGCCUACACUGCCCUCUGCUUUGCCCCAUUGGGGCUGUUCCCAAUGCCAAAGCCAGCAGGACUGCAAUGCAGACAAACCCUAGAAGACAUUAUGUGCAGCUGGGUUGGCAUCCAGAUGUCUCUAGACUGGUAUUUUCAAAGAGAAGUCUAUAAGAAGACACAGUACAAUGCGAGCAGAUGUUGAGUACAGCUGUGUUCCUGCUGUGUGCCUGUCUGCUUUGUCAAGUGAAUCACAGCCUUCAGUGCCGUAACUCUCUAUGUCUCAGUGCAAGGUCCAGUAUGUCGCUCCUGAUAGAUCUGUGCAGUGGGAUGUCACGUCCUGCACAUGGCAUCAGGGCCUGUAUAUACAUACUUUUGUUUUAUUUUCUGUGUUGCCUAAUUACACGCUAGGAAGAUGUGAUGUAUAACAUUUUCAUAACGUAUUCUUUGGUUAUAAUUUCUAUUGUUAUCAAUAAUCAGAUGUACAUAUCAUUUAAAGCUGUAAUGUCUAUGCUGUUGGUCUGCUGUUUUUAGACAAGAACGAGGUGGGCAACACUUUGCUAGUUAAUUGCUAUGCGAUGUAUUGCUAUAGAACCUCCUUCAGAGAUUUUUCAGUGCAUGUAGGGUUGUAAUAUACAACUAUAAAUAAGUGAGAAACAGCAAGGUUCUGAAUUGUUGCAUGAGAAAUCUGCAGUAAACAUACAAUAAUAAAGUACUUUCUUUUUCAGUA